GAUCGACCAGGGCCGGCUACAAUUGAUUGGCAUAUGCACUGACGGUGAGCCAACAAACACUGGCACACACGGUGGAAUUAUACGAAGAUUCGAAUUGCUGCUAAAAAGACCAUUGCAUUGGUUUGUUUGCCUUCUACACUUCAACGAACUUCCGUUUCGACAUUUGUUUGGGGUUUUGGAUAAAUCAUCCACCACUGGACCAACAUCAACAACCGGGAAACUAAGCAAGCAAAUUGAAACUUCUGAAGCUCUUCCGGUGGUGAGCGACUUCCAGAGAAUUGCGUUGGAAAAUAUGGCUCCUGUUGCAGAACAGCACGAAUAUUCCACCGAUUCGCAGUACUUAUACGACAUGGCACACGCAAUUUCUAAUGGCGUGGUUUCUGUGGAUCUGGCUAACAUAAAACCAGGGAAAAUUGUACAUUCUCGCUGGCUCACCAAGGCCGCUAGAUUAUUACGAUUAUAUGUGACAAUGAAGAAACCACCUAAAAAUUUAAGAAUUCUGGUUGAAUUUAUAAUUAAGGUUUAUGUGCCAAUGUAUUUUAAUAUCAAGUAUUACAGCUCUGUCGUGUACGGUAGUGUAUUAUUUUUCAAGUACAUUAUUUGGGCACAAUUUCUGGAGCCAAAUUUACGCACUGUUGUCAAUCAUGUAAUUAAAAAUAAUCCAUAUUUUGCACAUUCGGAAAAUAUCUUGCUAUCAAUGUUGUUUGAUGAUAGGAAAGAGGUGCGCGACUCUGCUAUCAAGAAAAUUUUACGAUAUCGAGACAAUGUUGAAGACCCAUCGGAACUUAGAGAAUAUAAAAAACCAGAUAUAAACUUCCAUCGCUUCGAUUACACGAAAAUGAUCGAUUUGACUGAUAAAAAUAACGUAUUUGAACCACCAUUCACGCGAAUCAUUCCGUAUGAAACAUUGAUAGCAUAUUUAAAUGAAGAUGAUUCACCAUUUACUGAUCCGCAUAUUCCAUUACAUAUACAAGAAACGGAACAACACGUUCAACUGCUAGCUAGCGUUUGACUCCGUAACAUAACCGCUGUGUAGGUAUACAAGAAAAUAGAAAUAUCAAUUAAAUUUCGGUUACCUAAUACCUAAUCAUUAAUAAUUUGAAAUAUGCCCGCUUCAAUUUGUGCACCAUUUUCUUAGUCACGAAUUGAUUUCGUAGAACGUAAGCCAAAUCUUUCGCCGAAUGCAAAUUGUUGGCAAUUGUACGGGAAACAAAAAUUACAACGCUGGAAAACUGGUGAAGUGAAGAAAAAACACUAACGAAGUCUCUAACCAGAGAGCCAUGUCGGGCGUAAAACAAUAGCGUGUGAAAUCUCUGUUAAUUGCCCUCUUUGAGAAUAGACUUAACCGCGCCUGAAUGAGUUCCCUGAGACGAAGAAAAAACUGACACCUGCUUAUAAAAAGAAAAAAAUCUGACAAAGUUCCAUAUAUUCAAAGCCUAAAUUCUUGAAAAAAGUGCCUAUAUGUAUAUGUAUGUUUUAUUUUAAAUAAUUUACGUGUGCUGAAUUCUUUGGUUAACUACGAAAACCUAAAAACUCAAAGUUGCUUGAUUAAAUUGGAUCGUUAGAGAAACAUGUUAAAUAGAUAAACAACCGCAUAGCAUUUUGAUGUGCAAAUCACAUACCACGAGUUUAAUUUAUUUAUACAUCGAAUAAUAAUAAUUCAUGUCGAAAAAUAGGUGUUCUGAUUUUCACCUCCGGCUUGGUAGUAUCUUACUUGAAGCAAGAUAAGCAGAUAAAUUUAUUUUAUUUUCCAAGAAUAACUGAAACGGUAAAAAAUUAAAUAGAAACGAGUAACGUUUAAAUUACUAACAAAUACAAUAC